AUGGCGCGCGUGCGGGCGCUACGGCGGUCGAGCGCGAACUGGCGCGCCGCGCCGCCCGCGCACUACACGCAAGGUUGGCCGGAAGGAAGCGCUGAAGUUGGCGCUGAAAGUUCGCCGGUAAAAGUUCGCGCAGCUGCCGCCCCGACCGACCAUUAUUUUGAUGUUUACCCUUUUGAUUUGACGCCUACGAAAACCUAUUUUUAG